AUGAAAGUGGCGAGAAAAGACCGUUCCAGGUUAUUUCAGACAAUGAAUCCCAUUACCAAUAUCAAGAAUCAGAAUAAAUUAAACGAACGGGAGAUCCAACUGGGUAUUGCCGGUGAUCUAGGCAAGUCAUGGCAUCAAAAAUACAAAGACUCUGCUUGGAUCUAUAUUGGAGGCCUGCCGUAUGACCUCACGGAAGGUGAUAUCAUCACUGUUUUUUCUCAAUUUGGUGAAGUGAUACAUAUCAAUUUGCUUCGUCAUGCAGAUACGGGCAAAUCUCGUGGUUUCUGCUUUUUAUGCUAUCAAGAUCAAAGGAGCACCAUUCUUGCUGUUGAUAAUUUCAAUGGGAUAACAUUGUUGAAGCGAAUGAUACGAGUGGAUCAUGUUGAGCAAUACAAAGUGCCAAAGUAUAAAGAAAACGCGGAUGAGGAAACGAAGAGAUUAUGGGAAGAGGGCUGUGCUCCUAAACCUAUUCAAAUAACUGAAGCUGAUAUGAAGCAAUCGGAUGAAGAAGAGGAAGAAGCAGUGAAGAGCAAGAUCCUUUCUCUGAAGGAUGAUGAGCUCUAUGGACAGAAUUCCCAUUUCAACUUUGGUAAGAAGACUGAAGCGGCUGAAGAACCUACCCACAAUCCUCGCCCUGACUUUGAAAAGGCUGAUUGGCGUGAUAUCGAAAUAUGGAAGGAGAUACGCGAACGCGAAAAGGCCGAACAAGCGCCAAAGAAGGUUGAUUGGAAACCCGAAGAACACUACGUCUCUAGUCGAUAUCGUUGA